AUGGAUAGAAAGGGAUCUGGUGCAGUCGGUAUCAUAACGGACCACCAGAACGGUACUUACACGGCGACGUUCCGACUGUUGUGGGAGGGGGAGGUCACCAUCAAAAUCCAACUGGUCCACCCACGGCAGGCUAUCGAUCUUAAAGAAAGAAUUAAACGAUUAUAUCCUAUUGACCUAGUAACGUUCCAAAGACGUUACAUAGUGGGAAACGGCACUAUCAGAACCAAGUGUAACGUAGACCCGGCCAUCUUUAAGAAGACCAGUGCAGUUUGUAACUACUCGGACCCGCAUGCAGGCGCCUGGUGGUAUUGUGUGAAACCCGUCAACGUUUCUUGUAACACAUCAGGCUACCAUGGCAGAUAUGGGUACAACAACGUUAAAGGGGGCCAACUGUACGACAGUUUCUCCAGCCAGACCGGCUGGCAGCAAUGUCUGAAGGGGAAAACUUUGUAUUUCAUGGGCGACUCUACCAUACGGCAGUGGUGGGAACAUUUGGUCAGAAUCAUAAAUAUGACCGAAACACAUAUUCCUGAAGCCAUACACGCAACAGGACCAUUGCUCGCCCGAGAUCCUGUUAAUAACAUAACGGCAAACUUUCUAAUCCACGGACCGCCUCUUCGUGGCUCCAUCAAGACAUUUCUCAUCAAGUACGUCGCGAACGCCAUCGAUGAAAUUGAAGGAGGACCGAACGAUGUGGUCGGUAUCACCAUGUGGGCACAUUUCGUCUCGUACCCUGUGGAGGUCUACACGAAAAGAAUGGAAGCCGUCCGUGCUGCAAUACAACGUUUACUGCACAGGAGUCCCGAAACGUUGGUAGUAAUCAAGGCCGCAAAUGCGUGCCAUGGCGAUGAGAUCACAUUCGGGUAUUGGUUGGCGUACAAGCUGGACUUGAUAAUGAGAGACAUGUUCCGCGGUAUGAACGUUGUUCUCGUAGACACAUGGGAAAUGACCCAUGCACAGCACUGGCAUAAGGAUAUACUUCAUCCACCCGGGGACAUAAUCGUACAGGAACUAGAGUUCUUCUGUUCUUUUAUUUGUCCUUUGUGAACCUACAAACAUUAGUUUGUCUUCAAACAAACGUUUUUCCUUCCAAACUUUAUUCUUAAAAACACAUAGUACAUUUUGUCAACAACUAAGUAUUUCUAUAAUCUAUAGCUAUUGUACAGGAAGUAAUACAAAGUACAAAUGCCCACUAUCACAUGUGUAAAAGUGCAUUUAUUAUGCGCAAUAAGACUAGUGUUUCUACAAUCUACAACUAUUGCGCAGGUAGUGAUGAAGGGUACAUGUGUCCUAACGCAUUAGUUACAUGCAGUACAUUUGACCAGCAUAGGGAAGUUGAAACAAGUACAUGUUUGUCUACAAUCUACAGCUAUUUCACAGGUGGUGGUAAAACGUACAUGUGUCUUCUAUCACAUGGGUAAUGGUAAUGAUACAUUUGACAAGCUCACGGAGGUAGAGACUAGUAUCUUAGCCAUCAUAGGUAUUGCACAAGCAAACGUUUAAUUCAACCUUCCAGUCCGAAAAAUAUCAUUACGAAAUGAAGUUUUACUAGGUUUUUGCAUUUCUAGCCAGCCAACUAUAUAGAAUCUAAUCAACCA